ACACACACACACACACCGCAUCACUCAUUAACGCAGCGAGCCCGUUGAAGGAAGUCGUCACCUCUUUUCAGCCGACAUUUCCAAAUGUCACACGGAUGAUAUAAAAGAUAAAGAAAUAAGGCAGGCUGCGUUGCACGGACCACCCCGCCCCCCUCCCUCUGUGACCGCGGAGGGGUCCCCGUCCCUCCCGAGCCGUCAUCAGCUGCUGGUGUUUGCAGCGAAUCGUUAGCGGCUAACCGGCUAACGCUAGCAGAAGGUUUGACUCCUUUUUUGAUUUCAUCACAAUGACAAUCAAGCCGCUGCUCUUCAACUUCACACCUGAACUCUCCCGCUUGUGAUGAGAAAGCAGCGCUGACUCAACAGGGAACACAAAUCCUGGACGCUGUGACGUGCGGGACGCCAUCGGUCCAAGAUGGAGAAAAAGAAAACGUGCCCCCGUCUUCUGGACUACUUGGUGGUGGUCGGCGCCAGGCAACCGAGCAGUGACAGUGUGGCCCAGACGCCUCAGCUCCUCCGCCGCUACCCGCUGGAGGACCACCACGACUUCCCGCUCCCACCCGACGUGGUGUUCUUCUGCCAGCCGGAGGGCUGCCUGAGCAUACGGCAGCGACGGGUCAGCCUCCGCGACGACUCCUCCUUCGUCUUCACGCUGACGGACAAGGACUCGGGGAUAACCCGCUACGGAAUCUGCGUCAACUUCUACCGCUCUUUCCAGCGCGGGCACCACCGCGCCCGCGGGGACAAGAGCGGCCACGCGGCGCAGGCCGCCGAGACCAACAGCGACUGGUCGGACGGCAGCGGGCCGUCGCCGGCAAACAGCGGCGAGUCGGCGGCCGGCCCCGCCUCCGGAGAAGAGGGCGGGCCGCCGGCCGCCGGCAAGUCGCCGCAGCACAGGCGGAGCGCCGCCAAGGUGGCGGCCAGGAACCGCAACAGCACGCUCACCUCGCUGUGCAUAAUCAGCCACUACCCCUUCAUCUCCACCUUCAGGGAGUGCUUGUACAUCCUGAAGAGGCUGGUGGACUGCUGCAGCCAGAGGCUAACUCAGCGAGCCGGGCUCCCCCGCGCCACCCAGAGGGACACCAUGUGGCGCGUGUUCACCGGCGUGCUGUCGGUGGAAGAGAAGAGCAGCCAGCUGCUGGCCGACCUGCGGGAGAUCGAGUCCUGGGUGUACCGGUUGCUCCGCUCCCCGGUGCCGGUGGCCGGGCAGAGACGCGUGGACGUGGAGGUUCUGCCCCACGAGCUCAAACGGGCACUCACCUUCGCCCUGCCGGACAACUCCCGCUUCUCCAUGGUGGACUUCCCCCUGCACCUGCCCCUGGAGCUGCUGGGCGUGGACGCCUGUCUCCAGGUCCUCAGCUGCAUCCUGCUAGAGCACAAGGUCAUUCUUCAGUCCAGAGAUUACAAUGCGUUGUCUAUGAGCGUCAUGGCCUUUGUUGCCAUGAUCUACCCUCUGGAGUACAUGUUCCCCGUCAUCCCCUUACUCCCCACCUGCAUGGCCUCUGCCGAGCAGCUCCUCCUCGCCCCCACCCCUUACAUCAUCGGCGUACCAGCCAGCUUCUUCCUCUACAAAGCUGAUUUCAAAAUGCCAGACGACUUGUGGCUGGUGGACCUCGACAGCAGCAAGGUCAUAGCGCCAACCAAUGCAGAGAUUCUACCACCUCUUCCGGAGCCCGAAGCGGGCGAGCUGAAGAAGCACCUGAAGCAGGCCUUGGCCAGCAUGAGUCUGAACACCCAGCCCAUCCUGAACCUGGAGAAGUUCCACGAAGGUCACGAGCUGCCGCUGCUCCCGCCGGGCCGAGAGAAGGCCUCGCCGUCCUCCACGGAGUUCAACCCGCUCAUUUACGGCAAUGACGUCGACUCUGUGGACGUGGCCACCAGGGUGGCCAUGGUGCGCUUCUUCAACUCCCCGAACGUUCUCCAGGGGUUCCAGAUGCACACGCGCACCCUGCGCCUCUUCCCCCGGCCCGUGGUGGCCUUCCAGUGCACCUCCUUCCUGGCGUCUCGGCCGCGGCGCUCCUGCUUUGCGGAUAAACUGUCUCACACGCAGGCCGUGGAGUUCUAUGGCGAGUGGGCCCUGAAUCCCUCCAACCUCGCCUUCCAGAGGAUACACAACAACGUCUUCGACCCCUCCUUGAUCGGAGACAAGCCCAAGUGGUACGCGCACCAGUUACAGCCGGUGGUCUACCGAGUGUACGAUGGAAGCUCCCAGCUGGUGGAAGCCAUGGCUGGUCCCCUGGAGGACGAGGGCAACGAGUCGGACCCCACGGACAGCGGCAGUGACAGCGACGCGUACGACGACUCCAGCUCGUCCUACUCCUCCCUCGGAGACCUCGUGAGCGAGAUGAUCCACGGCGACAUCCAGGGCGACACGCCGAGCUUGGACCCGCCCACUCACGCCGCACUGGGAGACGCCAGCGAGGUGGAGUUCCAACACCUCCACGACUUCGGGGCCGGCGGAGUCUCCGAGGGUCCGCCGGGUGGGGACUUGCCCGCCGACCCCUCCGACGCGCAACCUCUUCGCUCGAGCUCCAGCACGACCGCGAGCUCCAGUCCCAGCACGGUCAUCCAGGGGGUCAACCAGGAGCACGGGGAAGCACCUGAAAUCGAAGCACCAGCAGGUGCCGCGCUGCAGGUCCCGGUCUCCGGAUUGGGCGGCCCGCCCGUCCUCAGACCCGCGGCCGACGGCGGCGGCGUGGCGGGCCCCGCCAACAAAAAGCAAGAGUACGACAACCCGUACUUUGAGCCUCAGUAUGGCUUCCCCUCAGAGGAUGACCCCGAUGCAGAAGAGCAAGUGGAGUCAUACACCCCUCGAUUCAACCAGAACCUCAAUGGCAACAAGGCACAGCGGCCUCUGCGUCCCUCCAGCCUGAGGCUACCGGGAGAGUCCGACGGGGAGGGCGACUCCCGCAACAGCUCGCCGAACUCCACCAUCUCCAACAGCAGCAACAACGACGGAUUCGGAGGACUCAUGUCGUUUGCCAGCAAUCUCUACAAGAACCACGGCACCAGCUUCAGUCUGUCCAACCUGGCGCUUCCCAACAAGGCAGCGAGGGAGAAAACGCCGUUCCCCAGUCUGAAAGGCGCUCGUGCACCUCGAGCCCUCGUGGACCAGAAGUCCUCGGUAAUCAAGCACAGUCCGACAGUGAAGAGGGAAUCUCCUUCUCCUCAGGGCCGAGUCAACAACACCAGCGAGAACCAGCAGUUCCUGAAGGAAGUGGUGCAGAGCGUCCUGGACGGUCAGGGGGUCGGCUGGCUCAACAUGAAAAAAGUGCGCCGCCUGCUGGAGAACGAGCAGCUGCGCGUCUUCGUGCUGAGCAAGCUGAACCGAGCCAUCCAGUCGGAGGAGGACGCCAGACAGGAGAUCAUACGCGAUGUGGAGGUGAGCAGGAAGGUGUACAAAGGCAUGCUGGACAUCUUGAAGUGCACCGUGUCCAGUCUGGAGCACUCUUACACCAACGCGGGCCUCGGAGGAAUGGCCAGUGUCUUCAGCCUCAUGGAAAUCGCACGCACUCACUAUCAGACCAAAGACCCGGAAAAACGCAAGCGAAGCCCCACAGAAAGUGCCGGCAGCCCGGGGAGCAAAGAGAGUCCUUCUGCGCACGUGGACGCCGCCGGGACUCGAGGCCUCCUGAACGUUCCCCACCUGCAGGUGCCGCACCACGCCACGGGCCGCGGCGCCGCACGCCACUUUGACACGCGGAGUCUGAACGAGGAGAACUUUAUUGCCUCGAUCGAAUUGUGGAGCAAGCACCGGGAUAAGCAAAAAGCUAUGGAAAAACCACAGAGGUCCGACGGAGCGAAGCACCAGCGCCCCCCGGUGGCCGACGGCGAGGAGAAGAAAUCCCAGAUCAGUGCCGACAGCGGCCUCGGCGUGACGUCUGGAUCCCAGAAGAGCGACACCGAGUCGGUAACGAGCUCGGAGCCCCCGAUCCUGACGAGAAGCACCAGCCAGGACUCGGAGGCCAGCACAGUGAUCAGCAACAGCUCCGGCGAGACGCUGGGCGCCGACAGCGACCUGAGCAGCACAGCCGGGGACGGCCUCGGCGGCCGAGUCGGCGCCCACCUGACGCAGUCCAGAGGAACUCUCUCCGACAGCGAGAUCGAAACCAACCCGGCCACCAGCGCCGUUUUCGGGAAGCCCCACACCCUGAAGCCGGCCGCCAAAGAUGCCGCGCCGGCGAAGGGGGCGCCGGCGCGGCCCGCCGAGGACAUCAGCAUGAGGAUCUACCUCUGCGAAGGGCUGCUGGGCCGCGAUAAGAGCUCCGUUUGGGAUCAACUAGAAGAUGCUGCCAUGGAAACCUUUUCUCUAAGCAAGGAGCGCUCCACUCUGUGGGACCAGCUGCAGUUCUGGGAGGACGCCUACCUGGACGCCGUGAUGUUGGAGCGCGAGGGCAUGGGCAUGGACCAGGGGCCGCAGGAGAUGAUCGAAAGGUACUUGUCUCUGGGCGAACACGACCGCAAGCGCCUCGAGGACGACGAGGACCGACUCCUGGCGACGCUGCUGCACAACAUGAUCGCGUUCAUGCUGAUGGUGAAAUUGAACAAAAACGACAUCAAGAAGAAAGUGAGGCGCCUGAUGGGGAAGUCCCACAUCGGCCUCACGUACAGCCAAGAGAUCAACGAGACACUGGACAAACUGGCCGACCUGAACGGCCGCGAGCUGUCCAUCAGGCCCAGCGGCAGCCGCCACAUCAAGAAGCAGACGUUUGUCGUGCACGCCGGCACCGACACCACGGGGGACAUCUUCUUCAUGGAGGUGUGCGACGACUGCAUCGUCCUGCGCAGCAACAUCGGCACCGUCUACGAGCGCUGGUGGUACGAGAAGCUCAUCAACAUGACCUACUGCCCCAAGACCAAGGUGCUGUGUCUGUGGAGACGCAACGGCCAGGAGACGCAGCUCAACAAGUUCUAUACCAAAAAGUGUCGCGAGCUCUACUACUGCGUUAAAGACAGCAUGGAGCGCGCCGCAGCCCGACAGCAGAGCAUCAAGCCAGGUCCCGAGCUGAGCGGAGAGUUUCCCGUCCAGGACAUGAAGACCAGCGAAGGCAGACUGCUGCAGGUCACCCUAGAGGGAAUCAACCUGAAAUUCAUGCACAGCCAGGAGCGGAAGGUUUUCAUAGAGCUGAGUCACAUUAAAAAGUGCAAUACAGUGAAGGGAGUCUUUGUCCUGGAGGAAUUUGUUCCUGAAACUAAAGAAGUGGUGAUCCACAAGUACAAGACCCCCAUGGCACAUCAGAUCUGUUACUCCGUCCUCUGCCUUUUCUCCUACGUGGCGGCUGUGAAGGGGAAGGAGGCGGAAGGAAAACCCAAGAUCCUGUCCCCGAGACCCCUCCCUAGCUAGUCUACCCCCCCCUCCACCGCCCGUCCUCGUGCCUCUCUACUCGGCUCUAAAGACCAGAGACUUCUGACAAUCCCCACUCAACUCGAAGCACACAACCCCCCCCACCCCCACACCGCGUGUACAUACGAGCCUGCCCCCCCCCCCCCCCCCUCUUUUUAGACCCCUGUCGUGUAGACGUGUUUAGUCUGUGAUGUCGUGUAAAUACGCUAAAUGUUUGCCUGCUCCUGCAGCCCCCCCCUCCCUGCCGAGGCCCGACCGACUGUUCUCACCCCGAGUGCACGCAGGUCCCCGUGCACAGCCUCGACUUUCACCCCAGAGCUGCCCCCCCCCCCCCCCCACACACCAGAACCCCCCCCUUUGUGAGUUUUUCUGUGGUAUGUGGUAACCGUACAGUUGAAACUGGUGAAAACCAUCCAGGGAGCCUCUUGUAGUGUCAGGUCGUCCCACGCUGAAAAAAUAAACAACUGCGCGUGUUUCACUGAAGCGCACGUGCGCAUGUGACCGCUUCCUUAAAGUGUUUGACCCCCCCCUGACCCCCCCCCACGAUGUGAGUGUCCCCAGAUGUGUCCUCUCGCUCCCCAUCGAUGGCCGUUCUAGUUCUACUGUAAAACUCCUCGUCUGUGGUCCGCUGUUAUCAAUUGCAUGUUACUAUGACGAUAAAAAUAAAUAUUAUAUAUAUUUCUAUAUAUAGUAUUUAUUUAAUAUAUAUACAUAUAUUGACUGUACAUUUCUCUGAAAAAAUGAUGUUACAAACUGUUGAUUUGCUAGAUGUGCAAUACUUAAUAAGUAGUGAGCCAUUGCCAGAGCCACGUUUGAGCCACCUGGCGUCCGCAGGGGGGAAAACGCUUCUUGUUUUCUAAAGUAAAUACGACGACAUCCGUCUCACGCUUUUAAAGUCACGUCGCAUGGAUGAGAAACCCGCUGCUGGCCACGCUCCCAAUCAGUGAUGUCACCAGUUGCGCAAUUAACAUUCUCAUUGACAGUCAGCCCAGUUUUAAAAGUAGCUACGAACUGUCAGUUUAAAUAUUUAAAGCGUUAUGCGGAUGAGCGUUGGGUUAACCAGCGCUUUUCCUUUUUCCUGUCUGCCGACAUCGAAUCCGCUUUGUUUUUACAAAGUUUCUGGAUUUGCGUUUUUAGGGCGGCCAUUGUUUGUCCCCCAACCUCCAGGUCAAAGGUCACAUUUCCUAAAGGCCUUUGUUAGGAAUAGUGACCCGUCUCAGGCUGUGCCUCUUUGGAGCCUUCGCCUGGAAGUUGGAAAUAAAACGUUGUCACGAUGCCAUAAAAAUUAUUUCAAAUUAAAAGAGAAGCGAAGUGAAAAAUCUAAAUGCUGCUUGUAAAAUGUGAUCAGUAGUUUGACCAUAAAUUUAAUGAAAUUUGGUUUUGUCUGAUCAACAGAGCAAAGAUCCUGAGUAUUUAAAAUGAUCAGAUAACAGAAUCUGGUGUAACCGUUACAGGGCCGGAUAAUCGUAAACUCCAUUAAAAAGCCCCAAGUGAAAUAAAGAACCUGUUUUGACGUCGCAGACGUCUAAAAGUCCUCAGAAACUCUCCAGCAGCAGGUUUCCAUCCCGGGAUCGAACACACCGAGUCUCCGUGGUUCUGCUCCGUGAAAGUAAACAACAGUUGAACCUGAUCCGUUAACUUUCACUGUUUGUUUGUGUGUGUGUGUGUGUGUGUGUGUCCAGAUCAGCAAUAUAUGGGUACAGCUCACCGGAAGAUAUUUUUAUUGUUUCCUUUUGUUGUUUUUUUUAUUCUGACGCUUGUAUUUUUUGUGAUUUUAACUGUGCAAAGGAAAAGAAUUGGUGAAAUAUUCAGAAGAUGCUGUUCCACUAAUGAAUAUAUUACACACAAAUAAUAUAUAAACAAGACCAAACUGGCAUCUCAACAAUUGGUUCUGAGCGGGACACACUUCAAAGUGUUUUGUUUUUUUUAAACUGGAGUACUAUGAGUACUACUACUCAUCUGUCGUUGUACUAGCCGGCUGCAGAAGCGUGAACUGAGGCUGUAAGUAUUCCAGCGUUGGGAAGAAAAAAAGUAUUUAUAGAAUAUGUACAGCUUUGGCAAUAUAAUAAAGUGAUCGCAAAUGAA